GGCUCCAAGCAUGACACUUCAAUUUUGUGCAGAGUCGCGUUCAUUGUGUUUAUUUGAGAGUGGAAGCAAAUAAAAAUUAGCAGAAAUUUAUAAAAGCUUUAAUUUCCUCUCCCUCAAAGAGUAAUUCGAAGACUGCAAAUAACCCCCUGGAAACCACCACCGCCGCCGGAAGUCCCCGUCAAGCAACCCAAAAUGGACAACGUCGUCGCCCUGUACAAGCAGCUCAAGACCGAGUGGAUCAAGAGCCCGAUUAACCUCAAGCUGUGCGGUUCCCUGCUGGACAAGCUGAAGAUUGCCCUCACCGAGCUGUCCUACUUGCCCACGAGCAACAGUCCGGCCUCGCAGCAGGAGCUUGUGAUUGCCCGGGACGUGCUGGAGAUUGGCGUCGAGUACAGCGUGGCCACCAAGAAUAUUCCGGCCUUUGAGCGGUACAUUUCGCAGCUCAAGUGCUACUACUACGAUUACAAGAACGAAAUCGGCGAAUCCAAGAACAAGUACCAGCUGCUCGGGCUGAACCUGCUCUUCCUGCUGUCCCAGAACCGCGUGGCCGAGUUCCACACCGAGCUGGAGCUGCUGCCGGCGGACAUCAUCCAGGAGAACGAGUACAUACGGCAUCCGCUGGCCCUGGAGCAGUACCUGAUGGAGGGCCGCUACAACAAGAUCUUCGCGGCCAAGGGCAACGCCCCGGCGGAAUCGUACAACUUCUUCACCGACAUCCUGCUGCAGACGGUGCGCGACGAGAUCGGCGCCUGUCUGGAGAGCUCGUACGAGCGCGUUUCCGUGCAGGAAGCGGCCAAGCGGCUCAACCUCAAGUCCAAGGACGAGGUCAAACAGUUUGCCGAAAAGAAGGGCUGGAAGCUGAACGCGGACGGCUUCUACCACUUUAUCAGCGAGCUGGCCAAGCCCAAAGAGCCGAUCCCGUCGCGGGAACUGGCCGAGCAGGCCAUCUUCUACGCGCGCGAGCUCGAGAUGAUCGUUUAGAGAGGCGGGAAUUUUCUUUUCUUUGUCUACGCGAGAGGAAAAAAAAACACUCACUUUUCGUUCGUUUUUCAACUGUAUCACUUGUACUGAUCGAGAAAAUAACACAAAAAAAUAAUUUAAUAAAGCAACUCUUAACUAGGAAUCGAAAAAAAA